AUGACGUCAAAUAUCCCCGAAAUUAUUCUUUUAUGCAUGGAUGCCGAUUUUAUCACGGCCUUCGAUCAGGCUAUGCAAACCCAUUGGUCCGACUAUGACCCGAACAAAGUGAAAAUCACCAAGAUCAACGAGCGCAUGAACAGCAUUCCCCCAUCAAUCAAAUAUGAUCUAGUUGUUUCACCAGCCAACUCCUACGGCCGUCUAGAUGGCGCAUUUGAUCAUGCUAUCUCAAUGGCAUUCAGCCCCCGAGACGACUACCACGCGCUGACCCGUGCGGUUCAGUCCGUAUUGUACGACAAGUGGCGGGGGUUCGCGGUCCCAGGUUCUUGCACUUUGGUAGAAUUUCCAGAGAAUCUCAAAGCAAACGCUCGUGACUGCAGCUGGGUUGCGAUUUGUCCAACCAUGAGAGAGCCGGAAGAUGUUAGCUGGGACCGGGAAGUGGUAUAUGAGUGCGUUUGGAGCUUGUUGUGCCAGGUUGAAGGGCACAAUCGUGGUAAUGUGGAUAAGAAGAUCGAGACUCUCCUUAUGACCCCGCUGGCUACUGGCAUAGGGAAGGUCAGUAAAGAAAGAUGGGCUGUUCAGACGGUGCUGGCGUUGGCGCAUUACGUUGAUGCGCUUGAGCAGCCUGAAAAAUGGAGUUCUUUGCAGUGGGAUACCAUUGAGGUCAUAAAUAACGAGGUGCGGCAGACUUGGAUGCCGAAGAAAUAG